AUGCUGGAUUCGUCUUACAAUCGGAUUGUUGGGUUUGAUUCUUGGGUCGGUGGUGAGAAGCUCCUUGUUUCGGUGUUUGGGGCUUACAAUCGGACGCUGGGUUUGAUUUUCAGGGACUUUGAGUGCCAAGAGAGUACUGAAGUUGCGAUUGUUGGCGAAGAUUUGUCCGAUCAAGAAGCUGAGUUGAGAAUAGGAGAUGGGUCUGUGGAGAUACCAUGUGUGAAGCUUUGUUAUCAGCAAAAGAAAGCGACUUUGGUGGUGCCCAGUUUUGAGAGUGUAAUAAUAAUCCGCGGGAAAGAUAAGGGUGAGACUGGAACCAUUAAGCAUGUCAUCAGAUCUCAGAAUCGUGUCAUUGUUGAAGGAAAGAAUCUGAUCAAGAAGCAUAUAAAGGGAGGCUCUGAUCAUGAAGGUGGGAUUUUCACGGUGGAGGCUCCUCUUCACGCCUCAAAUGUGCAAGUUGUUGAUCCUGUCACUGGGUAUGUAUGUAUGAUCUCACUGCAUACUGAUCAUGCUUGUGUUUAA